GAGAUACAUGGCAAUAUAAACAAGGUACUUACGGUUAACUAGUUCUAGGGUGUCCAUCGGUAAUGCAGAUUAGUGCAAGCUCUAGGCCUAACAACGGGAUAAUAACGGAAUCAAAGCGAAGAGGUAACAAUACAACGAAAAAGAAAAGGAGAAGAAAAUCACUUGAGCUGCCUCAACCCCUUCAUGAGCGACUGCUCGUCGACGUUCCAUUCACCUGUCCACCCGGGGCCCCCGCGCUGAAUGGACCGCUUGCGCAGGUUCUUGGCGGCCUUGUCAGCCGAGAUUGAGAAAACGGCGGCAGAAGACAAUGACGGGCGGGUAGAGGUCGGCUCGGGACUGCGAACACCACGAUCUCUUGACAAAGCCUUGAGAUCUGCUACCCACAGCUCCUCGUCCCCAUCACUGAACGCCUCGGAAAACAUCGAUGCCGAGGAAGACGACGACGACGACGACGAAGACGACUUCCCCGCGCCCGCGCCGAGCUCGCCCUCGCACAGCGUGUCCGACCCCGCAUCAGACACCGAUGUGACAGGCGACGCCGGAAACACCAGAUCCACGGGGACGCGCUCGCCCAGCGUGCGCAUCACGCGCGCCAUCUUGCGCCGCCGGUGCUCCGCCUCGUUCUCCGGCGCCGUCGGCGAGACAGGUGACGGCAGCGUGCCGGGCAGCGUCGCCGGGCGGCCCCACCCAUGCGAGUCCACCCGCACGCGCGGGCCCGUGACGGAGUUGGUGUGCCGCAGGAACAGGGUCGGCCGCACGGGACGCGUGUCGCCGGAGGACGUUGACGGCCGGCUGCCGUGGCUGCCGCUGCUGCUGCUCCCGCUCUGGGGCGAACGCGGGUGCACGAGCGACGGCGAUUCCGUGCGUGGGGGGAAGGUGUGCGUGAGCGAGGACGCGGCGCCGGGGUCGGAGUCGUAUGCAUCCGCAGCGGACAGCGGGUGUUCAGCGCUGAUGGGGGAGGAUGGGAGGGACGGCGGCGCGGACUCGAGGAGGACGGGGGUCGUGCCGAGGAGCGCUGCGAGUUUUCGGGUUGAGCGCAUCAGCCGGAGCCGAUGGGGCUUUGCGACCCCGUGGGUUGUGGGUGGCACGGGAGCGGCGAUCAUGCUGGCUGUAGAAGAAGAGAUCGGAGGAGGAAGCGCAGGUUGAGGAGGGGGCGGAGUCGCUAUCAAAGUAGGCACCAGUCCUUAAAAGAGAAGGACGCGUGUCGGCGGAUUUCGACGCAAGGCCAGUGGAGUGUGAAGAAGAGAAGGAGGGACAAGAAACGUGCACUCGAC